AUCGGGUAUUUCGGCACUUAGACUUCCCGCCUUCAACCGCCAGUACUGGUGGUACCCUGCUAUGAAUUCGGAAACGGAAAGUACAACGCUCAUAAGUGAGACAUAUAGCAAGAAGUCUGCUCUUACUGCUCUGAGAGUCCUGUGGAGUGGAGCCACCCGUCAGUGGAACAAAGGCCAAUGUUCCCGGUGGUACUUCACCUUUAACGGCACAGAGUGCAGCAAUCCGGGCACAAUAGAAAGUGUCAAAUACACCUACUACUAUGAUGCAAGCUCUGUCGAUUUACACAGCCCAUUUACAGUACAAGGGACAUGUGUGGGUCUGCCAGCUGGGGACAUCAUUCUGAAUUUUGCCGUGUCUUAUUGUUCUGGAUACAGUGGUGCGAACGCCGCCACUGGCUGGGGGACUGCAAGCAACAUGAUGGCAGAAGAAAUUUUCCUGGACACUUACUAAGAUAUUAGUAUGUAACAAGAAAAUCAUUGAACAUCGGCACCUUUAGGUCUCUGUGAACGAAUAUUAAUUUGCAUUACUUUUUUGUUUUCGUGUGCUGCUGUGCGUGACACUGAAGCAGGUGUGGACUGGCAGUAGAAUUAAUGACCUUGGCGUUUUUGAUUGUUUACAGUAUUUUGUUACUCAGCUUCUGUCUGUUCCUAUAAUUUUAUUAAGUCGAGAGUACAUUUGCCAUGCGACGUCCGUACGGUGCACGUAUGCUACCCGUAAACCCCCUAUCGUGCCUCGUAGCCGUGCGAAUUCCUACGCAUUUACAGUCUCCGUAGCCUCUUCGAUUUUGCCAAGCUAAAGUUUUUGACAAACUUUGAAAAUCGUAAGCCCGAGUGCCGUAGCACUAUCGAGACGGCAUUGCGCAGUUGCCGUAUGGGUAUUGUUCGGUGGACUUGCGGUGACCGUAGUGAUGGCUGCACAUAUUGUUGGUCACUUUCCCUUCCACCUUUGGUGAUUUAAGGAAGCAUAACAAUAAUAAAAAAAACUUGGUAUAAUGCACUUUCACGAAUUUAAAGUUGAGCGUUUCCCCAUUCCAACCACAUUGGUGCUAAAUAUCGUAGGGAUCUCGUCCGACAACGUAUCGAUCUUCAAGGAAGCCGCACGGAAGGCGUACAGCAACUGCACUGGGACUAAAAGGGCUCAGAACGAGCGUUUUUCAACCCACAAACCGAGUUUUUCUUUCUUGACUUCAAGGUCAUGUCGCCCAAAUAGCACGGGGCGUUACGUACACAUAGCGCGUAGUCAUUUAAGAUGUCUAAAAAAUCGUAUACAAUUUCAUCCGUGACAAAUGUUAUCUAGGCUUUAAUUGAUGUACAUGUAACUGUAUAGCUAUCAAUUGACUUAAUUAAUAUGCAUUUCGUAUUUAUGUCUGGCAAGGGGGUUCGAUACGAAAAUUUUCUUAUCCGCUUAGGAAAUGCAGAAAUGAACUAUCUCAUCAAAAACCCAUGUGAAUUUGCAAAUUCGAGCUGAAGACAUCACGGCAGCAAUUUUGGGAAGAAAACUGUAAUUUUGAUUUCAAGCAGAUCCAUCUCAUUUGAACAUGUAUCAAAACCAUUUAAAGCCUAUUUAAUUCUACAAAUAAGUAGUAAAAUCCAGUACCAGAAAGUUUUCUUGAAAUACUUGCUUCAGAUUUCAUCGGUUAUAGAAGUCAUAUCUCUUAAACAAUAUAUAUAUAUAUAUUAUACCGAUCAGUAUCUGACACGAAUUUACAAAGUAGGAAAAUUUACGAUAAACGCUUGGC